AUGGGCAAGAAGACAUCUCGCCCGUCAGCCAAAGUCGGCACGGCCGCAUCGCCGGCCGGAGGCCUCGCCUCAUCCAGCAACAAAUCGUCCAUCCUGCGAGCCGCUUUCUCGCCGUCGGAGUACCAAUUGGCCCUGUUCGCGUCGGUCAUCCAGGGCCUAGAUGCGCAGCAUCUCCGAAUCCACGACGUCAACACCGGCCGGCUACAAUGCGAGCAUGCGCUGGGACCGAAGGAGACAGUUACCUCGCUGGACUGGGGAUACUAUGGAGGCCAGGGCAAGAGCCGCGACCAGUCGAAGAAGAAGCGCAAGCGCGGGUCUGAUGUUAACGGCGCGGUGGACGGGUUGGACCAGGGCGAUGUCGUGGUUGCGAUUGGUACCAGCACCUCGGAAAUCCGGAUGUUCUCGCCGUCGGAGGAUAAGGUUGUCGGCACCCUCAGUGGUGCGCAUGAUAAGGGCAUUAAGGACUUCAAAUUUACCGCGGAGAGACCCGGCCAGGAGGGCUGGAGUAUCGCUGGUGACAACAAGCUUGUUCAGUGGGAUUUGCGCACCGGACAGAGCAUAAGGACGAUUCAUCUGCCCGCCUCCUCGACCUUCACUGCCAUUUCUCGCCCCGUCCCCUCCAGCACGCCUGUCAUUUGUGCAUCUCAAACACCCUUUUUAAUAGACGUGGACAACUCCGAAGAGCCGCCCGUCAAGUUCCCCGCGAUGCGCAAUCUGAUCCACUCGGUCCUCUCUUCUUCCGGCACAUUCCUCGCCUCUGAUGGUGAGCGAUUCAUCAACGUUUUCGAUGUUUCCAGCCAGAAGCUCGUGCGAAAUCUCGUGGCCGCCCAGGAUGUGUCUUCUGUGUCGCUCCUUGACAACGCGACCCUCGAGAAGCAAGUCCUUGCAGCUGUCACCGAUGAUGGCACGAUCGAGUUCUUCACGAAACCAUUCGCCCAGGUCCAGACCCCCGCCGCCGGCAAUGCCAAGGCCAACCGGAAGCAAAUGACCCAGAAAGCGGAUGCUUCUCUGAAGGUUCUGCGCAGCGGUGACUCAGAUGUUUGUGUGCCCGUGGUAUCGAUUUCAUUUGUUGGACCUGAGAUUGUGGUCGCGUAUGCCGAGGGCGGCGUGAUUCCCGUUUUCCAGCGUGUCAAACUGCUCGAUGAGACCACGGAGGAGAUCUUGUUCACGGGGGUCAAGGCAGUCGUAAAAACCAAGUCGAGCUCGGCUGUCGCAUCUGCGACCACAAAUGGUGCCAAAAAUGUCGGCGAGGGCCGGGUUGACGAGACACAUGUUGUCGUGGAGGCUGGUAACAUUGUCGAUAAUGAUGUCGAGAUGAAUGAUGAUGCUGGCUCCGUGUCUGGUAGCGAUGUGGACUCCGAUGUUGAGGAUUCUGCCAAGCCCACUACCGAGAAGAAGACUAAGUCUACUAAGCAGACUACUCCUGCUGACGAGGAUGUCGAGAUGGAGAACGCCGAGUCCGAGGACGAAGACGAGGAAGAGGAGGAGGGCGCUGAGCCAUCCUUCGGCGAGAUCAUGCGCGCCAACGCCGGCCAAGAAGUCGAUGUCGAGGCCGAGCUUGACGACGACAACCUCAUGGGUGCACUUGUUCCCGGCAAGCCCACGGCGGCCAUACAACAAAUCCCCACUGGCGUGUCCCUUGCCACCGUGCUCUCCCAGUCCCUGAAGACCAACGACAAGGACAUGCUUGAGUCCUGUUUCCACACCGCCGACACAUCCAUCAUCCGCACUACCAUCCAGCGCCUCGAGUCCUCGCUGGCUGCUACCCUGCUCCAGAAGCUCGCUGAGCGUCUCUCCUCUCGCCCCGGUCGGUACGGCCACCUCCUCGUCUGGGUGCAGUGGACUUGCGUCGCCCACGGCGGCGCGUUAGCCGGCCACCCGGAGCUGCUGAAUCGCAUGGCCACUCUGUACAAGGUGAUGGACCAGCGCUCGUCGAGCUUGCCGUCGCUGCUCAUGCUCAAGGGCAAACUGGACAUGCUGGACGCGCAGCUGGGUCUGCGGCAGUCGAUCCAUGGCGGCGACGAGAUGGACAGCGAGGACGAGGACAAUGUCAUCUACGUCGAGGGUCAGGAUGAGGAAGAAGACGACGAGGCCAAGCCGCGAACAAAGUCGAUCCGCGACUCGGCGUUCGAGGACGAGGACGAGUCCAUGAUGAACGGCAUUGUGGACGAGUCUGACGACGACGAGGAUGAGGAUGAGGAGGACGAUGAGGAUGACUAUGAGGGCGUGCUCGACAUCGAAGCCGAGGAGUCAGCCGGCUCGUCCGAUGCGGAGGAGUCUCUUGAGGAGAACGAGGAUGAUGAGGACGAGGAUAGCGAAGGGUCGCUAGUGGACUUCGUCGCUGACACCGAGGACGACGAGUCGGACGAUGCGAUGGUCGAAGCUCCGCCGCCGUCGAAGAAGGCCAAGACAGUCGCGGGUAAGAAGAAGGGUGGAAAGAAAUGA